AUGUCAGCCAUCUCACGGCAAGCCAAGGGCCUGGUCGUUGUCACCGGUGCCAAUGGAUUCAUAGCCGGACAGGUCAUCCUAUCUCUUCUGUCGUCGGGUUACGCUGUCAGAGGCACGAUUAGGUCUCUCGAACGCUGUCAGCAUUUGCAGUCUGCCGAAUCUCCCUUUCACCCGUAUGUGUUGCAAGGCCUUUUCUCGUUGGCCGAGGUCCCCGACCUCACUUCACCGACCCAGGUUGCGGCUGCUUUUACAGAUGCCACAGCCGUGGCACACCUCGCCCAGCCUGUCUUAUUCAGUACCGAUGCUGACUACGUCAUCGGAACUGCUGUUCGAGGAACUCAGAUUGCACUAGAAGCAGCCGCGCAGAUCAAAUCGGUCAAGAGCUUUGUCUUAAUGAGCUCCGUCUCUGCUGUCCGCAUGCUACUUUCGAACCCAGCCCCUCCGGGUCACGUUAUUACCGCGGAUGAAUGGGAUGAUGCUGAUUUCAAAAUCAAGACUUUGCAAGCGGAGGGAAAGCCUUUGCCAGGGCCACUGGUAUACGCUGCAAGCAAAGCUGCCGGCGAACGCGCCUUGUGGGAGUUUGUGAAAUUGAACAAACCCGGAUUUGCAACUACUGCCAUCAACCCCGUCUUUGUUGCUGGGCCUUCAGCAGUGCCUCCACGGACAGCCGCCGACAUCUCUGGUACAACCAAGUUUAUCUUCGAUCUGCUGGCAGGCAAGGACUUGCCGCCGCCCGAAAGGCUCGUCGGCUACGGCGCAUAUGUAGACGUGCGAGACGUUGCUCGUCUGGUGUCGUUUGCAAUUGGGCACUCCGAAGUGGCAGAUGGUCAUAGAUUCCUGGCUGUAAGCAGCUGGGUCCACCCUCAAGGCGUGGUCGAUGUCUUGCGAAAAGCGUACCCCGAUAGACAUCAUAUCAUCCAGGAGGGCACACCAGGUGAAGGAUAUAUGAACGGAUUUGGAUUCCCCCACAGCGCUCCAAAAUUCGACACUGAGACAGCUGUUAAAGCGAGUGGGGAGGGAUGGAUUCCUUUCGAGGAUACAAUCCUAGCUGCAGCGCAGGCUUACAAAAAUCUACUCUGA